AACAUGAUAGAACAUCCCCUGCAAAACCAAAAAAAAAAAAAAAUGAAGGACAGUGGAGCAGAGUCUCCGAGGAGACGAGUUUUGGGAGCGUUUAGGAAGGCUGUUCUGCCAAUCUCCACAACUCUUGUCAUCUUCGCAACCUUCUGCUUCACCUCCUACAAUAUCUCCGAUUCGCUGCUUCAAUCUUUCAACUUAAUCCCCGGCGGCGAGUGUAACAUUUUUCAGGGGAACUGGGUCCCGUUUCCCGAAGGUCCGUAUUACACGAAUGUUACGAAGUGUGACAUUGAGGAUCGGCAGAAUUGCAUGAAGUUUGGGAGACCGGACACUGGGUUUUUGAAAUGGAGGUGGCAGCCAGACCGGUGUGAGCUGCCUCUGUUCGAUGGCAGGCAGUUUUUGGAGAUUGUCCAAGGGAAAACUAUGGCUUUCGUGGGCGACUCUGUUGCUAGAAACCAAAUGCAGUCGCUCAAGUGCCUCUUGGCUAGCGUUGCCGAUCCUGUAAAGGUUUCUGACACGGCAGUUGAGCGGUGGGUAUACAAGGAAUACAAUUUCACGCUACUUUCGUUCUGGUCGCCGCACAUAGUGAAAGCCAAAGACGCCGAUCCUAGGUGGGUUUCGCCGGACAGCCUUAUGAACCUUUACACAGACGAAGCAGACAGGGUGUGGGCGGACGAGAUGGCCGAUGCAGACGUGGUGAUUUUCUCGGCGGGGCAAUGGUUCUUCCGCCCAUUUUUCUACUACAAAAACGGCCAGAUCGUGGGGUGCCACAGAUGCAACGAAACCAACAUCGAGAAGCGCAACCACUACUUCGGCUACGGGCUGGCCUUUCGCACGGCCUUCAAGACUCUGUUAGACCACGAAAAGUUCAAGGGACUGGUGAUUCUGCGGACGUUCUCGCCGGCCCACUUCGAGAAUGGAGAAUGGAACACUGGCGGAAACUGCGUGAGGACGAGGCCGUUCACGAAGCGGCAGAUGAAGCUAGAAGGGUACACCUUAGAGAUGUACUUGACUCAGGUGAGGGAAUUCAUGGCGGCCAAAAGGGAAGGGAGUAAAAAGGGGGUGAGGUUCAGGUUGCUGGACACGACUGAAUCCAUGGUUCUGAGACCCGAUGGACACCCGAACCAUUUUGGCCACUGGGCGUACGAGAACAAAACCACGGCGGAUUGUGUGCACUGGUGCAUGCCUGGCCCCAUUGACACUUGGAAUGAGUUUUUGCUUCAUGUGUUGAAGAUGGAAACACCAGAAUAUAUAUAAUCCACUUACAGAUAAGUAAAUUGCAGCAUUGAAUUGAAUUGGAAGCCAUAAGUCUUAGACUCUUGGUCCAAUUAAGUUUGGGCUUCUUUCACAUUUCUCUGCUGUGGUUUUAUUCACUUUACUUGUUUAGGGUGGACUGGUUGGAGUUUAUUUGAAGUAGAAGAUGUUCAUACAUUCAAACAAUUGUAAGUGCGCCGUAGUGGCCAAGUUGAGUAUUUAAAUAAAAAUUGUUUAAAGUUGUAGAAUAUGCUGAAAAAAAAAAAUUAGCAUACAUUUUAAGUGGCUA